AAACCAAUUGCAUACAAAAUUCUUGUCAAGACUCUCAUUGUUUACCCCUUUUGACCAAAAAAUAUAAAAGCAAUGGCUGAUAAUGAGAUCAAAAACAUGAUCUCUGAUCUAACGAAACGCCUAGGCAGCCUUAAAAAUGUUCGUAAUAAGGCUGCACUAGGUGACUCGAGCCAGAGUGAUGACGAUGAUCAUGGCACCAGGAUCAUCACUCUGGCUGGGACAAACGUGGGAGCUAGUUUGCGCGGUGAGAUGGAGGAGAAAGUAGGCAUUGAGGACGAUUCAUCGGAGGAAAAUGAAGUGUUGAAAACAUAUGUAAAUAGCAAUUUUCAAUCUCUCAACAAUUCCAUCAUGUUAGGUGGUAGCUAUUGUACUAAUGACCCUGGUGUUCAUUUAGACAUUAAUGAUGAUAUUGAACACCACGAGACGCUACCACGAGGACAUGGAGAGAAGAAAGGCAACAAACACUAUUCAGACUAACAGAGGCGGACUCAGAAUUUAAAUUCUUUCAGAAUACGAGUUCAAAACAUAAAAGUUCAACAAAGCUGAAAUGUGAGGAAGUUGCUAAAAGUUUAUUCCAUGUUAUGAAUAAGUAUCAUAGUGUACUUGAGCAUUGUUUCUUUUACUUUUUUUUCAUGUUUUCCUGUUUUUUCACUUUGUUGAAUCUCUUGUAUUUUUAAGUUCUUCUUGUAUAGUAUUAUUCGCUUUAGAUGGU